AAUUCUGUGAGCCUGCACGUCGAGUUUGCAUGCAACAAAGGAAACUGGAAACAAAAUAUCAAAUAAACAAGGAGCAAUAGCCGAAGCCACUAACCAAAUCAAAAAUACUUAGUAGAAAUAAAUCAAAAAUAACUAAUUUAAUACCGUUAGUCCCCGGCAACGGCGCCAAAAUUUGACAAGGCUGUCGCGUGCCUAUCAAAAAUAACCUAACUAGACCUCCUAACUAUGUAGUCGGGCAAGUAAGGGUCGAAUCCCAAGAGACUAAUGUAUUAAAAACUAGCUAAACUGACUUGAAUUAAUACUAAGCGAGUAACCAAACAACGAUUGAGAAUGAAUAAUUAAACUAAUUCUAACUAAAAACGUAAUCAAUAAUAAGACUAAAAUCAAGGAUUAAAAACACCUAGAGUUAAGCAUCACCACUAGCAUAAUCAAUGUAAAGAUAAAUUCCUACCCCAAACUAAUUAAUUAAAUGUUCACGAGGAAAGGUAAACCUUAAAUAAUACCAUAAACCUCUCCCGAGUAUCAAUGGCUUCCCUAAUAUGCAAUCAAGACCUACUCCCGUGGAAUCAUGCAAAUUAAAGACAUUAAACUCAAUACCAUAAUUUCCUAACAAUCCCUUCUACCUACUCCCGUGGAGAAAUUCAUGUCCUUAAUUGAAAUAUUCAAAUCCGUCAAAACCUAACUCCCGUUACGAUCAAGACAAUGGAAUGAUAACAAUACUAAUUAUCCCUAAUCUAGUAUUGGAAAUUAUACAAUCAAUUAAGCAAGAACAAUUAAACAAUGAAUUUGGGAAUUAAAAUAAUAAAUCAUACAUAAAUCAUGACUAGGGUUUACUUAACCCUAGAUUAUAAAUCUACUCACACAUAUUAAAUAAACAAGGAAGGUAAACUAAUGAAGAAAUCAUAACUAUAUUGAAAUUAAAGAGAAAAACCAAAGAGAUACUUCGUAAUUAAUUAAGCUAUAAGUGAUACAUACUCUAGUUUCCAAAAUCAAGAAAUAAAUUAACUCCACUUUGUUUCUAAUGGCCAGAGACAAACUCUCGUCAAUCCUCAACAAUGACGACCAAAACAAAGAGAGCCGCGACGUCCCAAUUAUUCAAUACCGCGUAUGACCGAAGUAGUUUUAGGUAUUCCCUACUACUUGUAUUUAUACCUAGACAUAAUAAGAAGUAUACUAAUUAUUAAACUCUAGUAAUUAGCUCAUUAAAGUUUAAUACGGGAUCGAAAGAAGAGUGCCACGGCUCGGGUGUGGGAUGCAAAGUAGGCCACGGGCACGCAGUGGUAUUGGCUGCCCGGUGAUCUUGUAUUUGUCUUGAACUCUUGUUUGUAUCACAACGUAAACACCUUGUAAACGUGGAUGGCUCCUAGACAUCGUACUUUCGUACUCACGCUAUCAACAUCUUAUCCGAGGUCUACCAACUUGAGCUAUUUCCUACAAAACAAAAUAAAACAAACACGAGGAGAGAAACAUCGAAAAUAACGAAUAAUAACACUUUAAGAUUAAAAUAUGAAAGAAAUAUGACAAACAAUGGACUAAUAUGACGUAUAAAAUGCGUAUAAUAUUGUGUUAUCAUAUACCAUCGGAUGUGAGGAUGUUUUACCGGAUGAACGGGCGGUCAUUAACCACUGGGAAGGUUGAAAUUAGCAAUGAAGAGGACAUUUUAGGAGUUUUACAGACUAAGGACAUACAUGGGUAUGUUGAGAUUUUAACCUUAGCAACAUUUGAGCGACCCCAAUUACCACCACUUCCUGUAACUCCGUUGUAUAGAACCAAACUUCCCGGGUUUUCAGAUAUUUUAAGAGGGGAAAGCAGGCCCAGAACCAAUCUGAUCAACCCAUUCAGACCUCCUUCCCAAACUACCCACCCAAGUGAACCCACCACACACAAAUCAGCCCAACCCAAUAUCUCUUCCUUACUGAAAUCAGCCCACCAAAAACAUUCACAGUAUAGAGCAAGGUUGAGUGAAGAUGAGGGUUGCAGCAGCCAAAACACAGGGUUUGAUUUCAGUGGUAUAGGGGGGAGAGUGAAAUUGUCUGCUAGGAGGAGCAUUAGAAAAAGUGCAGCAGUUGGUUCUUCUUCCUCUAGUUGGGCAGAAGCUGCUGUUGUGUUGAGUGAAGAAGAGUGGUUAGCUAGCCUAUCCAACAAACAACCAUCUCCACAUCCAUCUCCACAACCAUCUCCACAGCCAUCUCCACAACCAUCUCCCCAACCAUCUCCAGCUGAAAACACAACCACCAAGACUCCAAAACUGAAAAGAGUUGCACAGAAGAAGAAGAAAGGGGAGAGAGGGAAGAAGGGUAAAGCUAAGAAGAGGUUGUUUGAAGGAUCAUCUAGUUCAGAUCUGUCUGAUUUGGAUAUAGAUUGGAUUGUAGGGGAGGAAGAGAUAGGCUUAGAUGAUGAUGAGUCUUUGUUUUUGCAAACACAAGCCAAUGAUGAUCUGUUUAGGCAUCUGAGACAAAGUAUUGGGGGGAAUGCUAACAUUGGGGAUGAAAGUGUUCAGAGGAAUUUCAGAGACCUAGAAGAGCUUGAGGUGAAUAACCAAGAGGAGGUUCAUUGGGACAGUGAUGAGCUGAGGAGUGUUGCUGGAUCUGAUGAUGGUUCAGAUGUUGAUUAUUGCACUUUCAACCCAGUGGUAGACUUCAAAAGGGACAUUCAAUUGAAGAUUGGGCAAAGAUUUUCUUCAGUUGCUGUGGUUAGGAAGGCAAUUAGGGCACAUGCUGCUGAGAAGAAAUAUGAUUUUUACUACCUUCACAAUGAGCAAAAGAGGUUAACUGUCCAGUGUAGGAAUAGGUGUGCUUGUCCCUGGGACAGUGUUAAAGGUAGGAAACCUAACUGUGAUUGUUCAAACAAAUGCCCUUUCAAAAUCCAUGUGAGGAUGUUGCCACAAACUGAUUAUAUGCAGAUUAGAACAAUGAAUCUGAGGCAUACAUGUGUUAGGACUACAGUUAAUAAGAGUGUGAAGUCUGAUGACCUAUGUGAGAGGUAUUUGGAGACUUGGAGGUCAGAUCCUCAUUGGAAAUUGAAGCAAUUCAUGGAAAGGGUGAUGCUUGAUAUGGGUGUGAAGAUAGCAUAUUCAACAGCUUGGUUGGCUAGGGCUAGAGCUAAGUUGGCUCUGUAUGGUUCAUCAGCUGAGCAAUAUGGUAGAGUGUGGGAAUAUGCCAGAGCAUACUUGAAAUUUAACCCUGGCAGCAGCUGUUAUGUGUUGGUUGAUAAUAGUUUAGGGCCUGAGAAGCCCCUAUUCAUGAGGAUGUACAGCUGCCUAGAGCCUUUGAUGAGUGGUUUUAGGAAUGGAUGUAGGCCCAUUGUUGGUUUAGAUGGGUGCCACUUGAAGGGGGCUUAUCCAGGUCAGAUAUUGGUGGCAGUUGGGAAGGAUGGGAACAAUAAUAUCUUCCCCAUUGCUUGGGCAACUGUUGAAAUUGAGAACACAGAGACAUGGUGUUGGUUUAUUGAUCUGUUCAUCAGGGACUAUGAUGGUGGAAAUGGUGAGGGGUUGACAUUUAUGUCUGACAGACAAAAGGGUUUGCUUGAAGCAAUUAAGACUGUGACUCCUCAAGCUUCCAACAGAUUCUGUGUGAGGCACAUAUGGGCAAACUUCAAGCUCAAUUUUCCUGGCACUCUGUUUAAGGAUCUGUUUUGGGAUGCAGCAAGAGCAACAACAUAUAUGGACUUUGAAAUUGCCAUGGAGUCAAUCAGAUUCCUUGAUGAGGAUGUUUAUUGCUACCUAGAUGACAUUAAACCAGCUCAUUGGUGUAGGUGGACCUUCAUGACUGAACCCAAGUCUAACAUGUUGUUAAACAACUUGUGUGAGACUUUUAAUACAGUCAUCAAGGAGGCAAGAGACAAGCCAAUUCUAACUCAAAUGGAAUGGAUGAGGAGGUACAUGAUGAAAAGAAACAAUGACAAAUGGGAGGCUGCAAAGAAAAUGCAAGGAAGGAAGCUAACCCCAUACAUAGGAACUGUUUUUGAUGGGUUGGAGAAGUACAAUAGGGGCUGUAUUGUGCAACAAAGUAGGGAUGAUCAAUAUGAGGUGGAAUUAGGUAGUGAUCUUGAUCACUGUUGAUUUGGCAAAGAGGAC